AUGCCAGGUGCCAACUGCGCUUUGUAUGGCUGUGGAACAAGUCGAAGGAGUAAUCUUUCGCUGUUCAAAAUACCUUUUCCUGCUCGAGGCGACGGAGACGAAACCGUAAAGUUGAAGUCUGAUGCUCGGAAAGAAUGGGUAAGAGUAAUUCUAAGGACACAAGAAAACACGCCAGAGUUGAAAAAAAGAAUAAAUGAAAAUAAUAUAUUCUUAUGUGAGCUGCAUUUCAAACCCGAGUUGAUUUAUCAACGUAAGUAUCUCUUUAUUUUCCUUGUUUUUGCGCAAAUAUAUGGUAAUUAGACACUUGUCUACAUACAUACAUAAACAUUGAUCAUGGGUAAUGGCGUGCAACAAAUUUAUGUUUAUUUCGUUUGUAGAUGUCAAAAGAAAAACUUUGGAAACGGGUGCUGUUCCCACAGAAAAUUUGCCGUCGAAAAGCCACGACUCGAAGCCAAGUAGCCGACGCUCUCUAGUACGAGAAAUUUCUGGCGAGACUCCUUCGACAUCUGCUUUGCCGCCUGGUGAUAUCGAUGGUAAAUCUGUAAAUGUUGUCAACGAAAGUUUUGAAGAGCUUGUUCCACGGGUGAAAGAAAGUAUAGCACCUCCAUGGGUUAUCAAAAAGUGCAACGACCUUGAAAUAGGGAUGGAACUUUGGGACAAUAACUAUUCGCUACCGAAGUUUGUUUUACACGUCGAUCAAUGUUUGCAAUUUUCGUUGCAUAUUUUUAACUGGCUACUGCCUGACGACCACAGUAUCUACACUGCUCAUCGACGUCGAAUCACCUCUGCUGGAGUUGUUGAACUCUUGCAAUCUCUUCAAGACGAUGACGUCUUGAUAUGCGAAGGACUACACCAACACGCUGAAUACCUCACCACCAUUGCAAAAGAUCCUGAUGACCAAACCCAUCCACUCCACCCAUCUGAUGUUGUAUGGCAUUCUAUCCCAAAGAGUGUAGAAAUGGAUACAAAUGUUGGGGUUUUAGCUGUUUUUCGCUGUGUUACUUGUCAGGUUUUAGUUCGCAGACAAGACCAAGGUGACGUUAUCUGUGAACCAUGCAAACAACUACAAAGGAAAAUUGUAGCACAGCAAAAUCGCAGUACACGCCAAUCGAGUGCCCCUGCUCAAAGAAAAAGCAUCGAAGUUUUCUGGGAUUCAUAA